AUGCGCUCCUCCACCUUCGCUGCUGCUGCUGGCCUUGCAGCAGUCAUUCCCACUGCUUUCGCGCAGACCUACACGGACUGCAACCCUACCAACGCUUCUCAGUUCCCCUGCCCCAUCAACGCGGGCCUGAACACCAAGUCCUGGAACAGUGAGUUCUCGUCCGGCAAGAACACCAGCUGGAGCUACGUCGCCCCCGCCGUCAACUAUGGUUCCAGCGGCGCCGAGUUCACCAUCACCAAGCGUGGUGAGGCUCCCACCAUCAAGACCGACUUCUACAUCUUCUACGGCAAGGUCGAGGUGAAGAUGAAGUCGGCUCCCGGCCAGGGUAUCAUCAGCAGUAUCGUCCUGCAGUCCGAGGACUUGGACGAGAUUGACUGGGAGUUCCUCGGUGGCAACAACGGCAUCGUCCAGACCAACUACUUCGGCAAGGGCAACACCACCACCUACGACAGGAUGCAGCAGUUCGACGUUGCCACUCCCCAGGACACUGUCCACACUUACUCCGUCGACUGGACCAAGGAGUCGAUCGUCUGGGCCAUUGACGACACCCCCGUUCGCACUCUCAACUACGCUGACGCCAACGGCGGUACCAACUUCCCCCAGACCCCCAUGAACAUCCGUCUUGGUAUCUGGGCUGGCGGUGACCCCGACAACGACUACUGGACCAUUCAGUGGGCUGGUGGCAACACCACCUACGAUGCCGCCGAUGGCAUGCCCUGGACCAUGUUCGUCGAGGACGUCAAGAUCACCAACUACAACCCUGGCUGCAGCUACAACUACACCGACACCACCGGAUCCGCUGAGAGCAUCGACAUUUCCACCGACGGCUGCGAUCUUGUCGGCACCAGCCCCACCCAGACCAGCUCCUCCAACACUGCCGGUGCUACUGGCGCUGCUUCUGCUUCCGGCUCCGCUUCUGCUGAUGGUGCCACCGGCUCGAGCGAGAGCAGCGGCGCUGACUUCAGCGAGACCGCCGCUGCUGGCGGUAGCACCGCUCCCACCGGCUCGGGCUCCUCCUCCAGCGGCAGCGAGUCCGGCGAUUCCGGCUCGUGCGCUCCCAUCAUCGUCACCCAGACCGUCACCCUCCAGCCCGGCGAGACCGCUCCCGCCCAGACCACGCCCGUCGUCGAGACCACGCCGGUUGUGGUGACGACCCCCGCCGCCGUGCCUUCGUCGACCGUCGACGGCGAGGCGUCCACCAGCGCCGCCCCCUCGACCACCGACGAGCUCGGCAGCGGCACGAUGACCCUCUCCGCCCCGUCCGGCACCAUCUACCCCAUCCCUUCGGAGCCCGCCACCAGCGGCGUCGAGGGCGGCGAUUCGACGCCCGUCGCCUCGGUCACCACCCCCGUCAGCACUCCUUCCGCCACCCCGCCCGUAUUCACCGGUGCCGCCGUUCCCAUGGCCAUGGGUGGUGGCAUGAGGAACGCGCUGUUCCUCGGCGGUGUCGCUGCCGUCCUGGCGCUGUAA